AUGUUCGAGCGCUCCCUCUCGGCCCUCAUCAAAGGGCUCCGCUCCCACCGCGGCAAGGAUGAGGCCAAGUACGUCGCACAGGUCAUGGACGAGAUCCGCCACGAGGUCCGCAGCGGCGACAUGGACGUCAAGGCAGAGGCCGUCCUCAAGCUCACCUACCUCCAGAUGCUCGGCUACCCCUUUGCCGACGCCUCCUUCCACAUGCUCGAGGUCAUGGCCUCCCCGCGCUACCACCUCAAGCACAUCGGCUACCUCGCAGCCGCACAGUGCUUCUCCCAGGACACCGACGUCCUCAUCCUCGCCACCAACCUCGUCAAAAAGGACCUCCACUCCACCUCGCCCCUCGACGUCGCCGUCGCCCUCAACGGCCUCUCGCACAUCGUCACCCCCGACCUCUCGCGCCACCUCGGCCCGGACACCAUCGCCCUCCUCACCCACACCAAGCCCAUGAUCCGCAAAAAGGCGCUCCUCGUCCUCUACUCGAUGAUCAUAAAGUGCCCAGAGAUGCUCGACCACGCCUGGGACCGCCUCCGCGAAAAGCUAGACGACCCAGACCUCGGCGUCGUCUCGGCCGCCGUCAACAUCGUCUGCGAGCUCGCUCGCCGCGACCCGCGCCCCUUUCUCCCGCUCGCACCCCAGCUCUUCCACCUCCUCACCACCUCGACCAACAACUGGAUGCUCAUCAAGGUCAUCAAGCUCUUUGGCUCCCUCACCCCGCUCGAGCCCCGCCUCAUCCGCAAGCUCGUGCCCCCCAUCACCACCAUCAUCUCAAACACGCCCGCAAUGAGCCUGCUCUACGAGUGCAUCCACACCGUCAUCAUCGGCGGCAUCCUGCUCGGCGACGGCGGCGACGACCUCGCCGUCACCUGCGUCGACAAGCUCGCACGCUUCCUCGAGGACGCAGACCAGAACCUCAAGUACAUCUCCCUCCUCGCCCUCGUCAAGAUCCUCCCCACCCACCCGCACCUCGUCGCCGAGCACCAGGAGAUCAUCUUCCAGUCGAUCGAGGACCCGGACCUCAGCAUCCGGCUGCGCGCCCUCGAGCUCGUCGGAGGCAUGGCCAGCGCAGCCAACCUCCAGCCCAUCGUCUCCCAGCUCCUGUCGCACCUCGAGCCGCCGGCAAGCGCCGCCGCCGACUUGGCCCACCCGUCGUCGUCGGCGUCGACGACGAGCGCAAGGAAGGCGAGCGCAGCUGCGGCCGCGCUGAAGGCGUCGCUCAGCGGCAUGGGCGGCGCGAGUGGCGGCCUCGAGGCCGCAGACCCCAGCAACUCGGCCGUGGCGGCCGCCGCGCUCAACAACAACCCGACCCUCUCGCCCUCGUACCGCCUCGAGAUCGUGCGGCGCAUCCUCGCCCUCGGCAGCGCCGACACCUACGCCAACGUCCACGACUUCCAGUGGUACCUCGACGUCCUCGUCAGGCUCGCCCUCAUCGCCAACGUGCCCGAGGACGAGGGCAUCGGCGGCAGGAUCCGGGACCAGAUCAUCGACAUCACCACCCGCGUCAGAGCCGUCCGGCCGUACGCGGCGAGGACCAUGGUCGACCUGCUCAGGGAUCCGAGGCUCGUCGGCCCCAGCCUCGCCAGCUCGACGUCGUUUGACGAGGGCAAAGACAUGCGCAGGGUGCUCCACGCCGCCGCCUGGGUGUGCGGCGAGUACUGCGAGGAGGUGCCCUCGGCGGCAGCCGCGAUCCCGCUGCUGCUGCAGCCGUCCAUCUACCAGGCCGCCGACGCCGCCACGGCCGCGGCGUGCGUGCACAACGCCGUGAAGCUGUUUGCGCACUGGACGGCGUCGUUGAGCGAGAGCUGGUCCGACGACCAGCUCGACGACGUCAAACACCUCGCCAAGCAGGUCAUCGCGGCGCUUGACGCGGUCCACACGGCGACCGACGACGCCGAGGUGCAGGAGCGUACGACCGAGUUCCGGCAACUCUUCCGGCUGCUCGAGAGGGACCUCGAGGGCUACAAGGGCGCAUCGCGGGGGGCGUCGGCAUCGACGACGACAACGUCGGCGGCGGCUGGCUCCACGGGGCCGCCAGGCUCGCUCGUCUCUUCCCGUUCGGCCUCGCCUUCGGCGCCAUCGUCGGGCCCUUCUGGGCCAAAGUCGCUCAACCUGCUCAGCCCGCUCUUCUUCAACCAUACCCUCGGGCCUGUGGCCGAAAAGGCGCAAGCCAAGGUCUCGGUGCCCGAAGGCCUGGAGCUCGAGUCCUGGAUCGUGCCGCAAGACUGGCUGAGCAGCCUGGCAAAGACGAGCGGUGGUGGCUUUGCCUUCGGCGAUGGCGGCUACGACGAGGGCCACGAGUCGUGGCUGCGAUUCGACUUUUACCAGCCCGAGGGGCGGUCAGGACGAGGAACGGCUGCGGGCGCGGGGAGCAAGAAGAAGGUGGCGUCCACCUCGGCUGCAACAGCGACGGCGAAACAGGGCACGGCAGAGGAAAAGGAGCGACGGAGGCAGCUGCGCGAGGAGCGGAUGCGCGACGAUCCCUUCUACAUCGGAUCCAAGGCGAACAAGGCCAAGAAGAAGGCAGCCAAGGGCCACGACGGCGCGGCUGAGGACGGUCGCGAGGCAGCCGCCGACGACAUCGACAGCAUCCCCGUCAUCCAGCUCGACCUCAGCGGGCUCAACCUCGGCAGCCCGUCUGGGGGCGGCAAGGCGGCGGCCGCUCCGCCUGUGCUCGAGAGGGAGGAGAUGCCCGAGCGUGCCAGGAAGCCGAAGAGUUUCAAGUCUGCAGGCGACGCCGGCGCGGCGACGACGACAAGGAAGAAGGCCAAGUCGAAGGCGGUCACCUCUGGUACGACGAGUCCGAGCGCUGCGAUCGAAGAUGCGGGCGCCGCCGGUCAAGCGGCUGCUGCUGCUGCUGCUACAGCAGCAGGAGAAGCCAUGCAGGACGACGAAGCCGAGGGAGGGACGGAACCGCUAGCCAAGCUGGUCAAGUCUGCGUCGAGCUCAUCGACGACGACGCUGGCGCAGGGGCAAGCGGGCACACCGCCGACAAGUGCGGCCAAGAAGAAAAAGAAGCGGGCCAAUGCGGCCGAGAUCCUCCUCGACUAG